AUGAAAUUGUUGAAUAGUAUUAUAUUUUUAUCCGGCUUUCUACUUAAGAGCGGAUUAGCAGACCAGGGACCUGAAGUUGCAAGGAUUAUCUUUUAUGAAGGUGACGAUUGUUUAGGAGAUCAAGCUGGUACAAUUUGGACAAUGUAUGAAAAAGGUGACAAUCUUUGUACUUAUAAAGGAAACACUAAUAGCGUUUACUUGGAAUUUACUGGGACUCUGGAUUAUCAGGUUGGACUUCAAUUAUCGGAAGACCGUAAAUGCGACGAUGUUAUCGUGGAUGUUGCGACGAAUAUCAGUGAAAGUGGCUGCUUCAAUUUGACAACCGGAGGUAGUUUGGAUCCACAAGGGAUUUUUGGUUAUCAGAUUCCACCGGAAUCACUGGCAGCUACCGCAUAUAAAAAUGCGAAAAAGCAGGGGAAUAUAGAUUUUGUGACUGUGCUGUAUGCAUAA